AUGUGGUUAUUUACUAAUAAAGAUUCAGAUGGUUUGUUGGGAUCAGCCACUUCAUUAGGUCUAAACUUUAGUCAUGAUCCAGUUCCUGGUUUUUCUGUUGAUCCACCCAACUCAGAACCAUUGGGAACGAUCCAUGGUCCAUAUGAUUUGACGUGGCGACUUCUUCCGGGUCAGAAAAAGAAAACGAAAGAAGAGGUUACUUUGUUUGUGUGCAACCUAAGUUCGAUUGCUGCAACUAGGGAAGCUGGUACUGUUUUGCCAAUUUUCCAAAGUACAGUCAAAUGGAUGAAAACAUUACGUCAUCCGAAUAUGCUUACUUGGAUUGGUGGGUCAGAGAUUGGAACAGGAAAAUUACCUAAUGAAUUUGGUUUUGUUACGGAACGUGUCCUACCAUUACGAGAAUACUUACGCAUUAAAGCAGAUUGUGGAAAUUUCAACCUCCUCUCUUCAUGGGGUAUACAUCAGAUUGCCAAAGCAUUGAUUUUUUUAAAUGAUGAUGGAAAAUUAGCACAUAAUGCUGUACGUUUAGAUAGUGUAUUUGUAACUACAGCUGGUGAAUGGAAAUUAGGCGGUUUAGAUUUUGUUGGACCUAUUAAUGAACCACCACCAUCUAUUCGACAAACAGCAAGUUUUGUGAAAGCGAAUACCACAGAUCCAUAUAUGCCUCCAGACAAUCGUCUUAUUGAUUCAUGGGGUUUAGGUUGUUUAAUAUGGGAAAUAUUUAAUCCAUCUUCCACUUUAACCGAUCGUACUCAACUACUUGAAUCCAGUUAUUCAAAAAGAAUUCCUAAAGCAUUAAUACAUGAUUAUCGACGUCUUGUUGCUCAAAGUGCUGCUACAAAAAGUGGCGUGAAACGAUUCACUGUGUCCCAGUUCCUUCAAUCAGCUCGUAAUUCAGAAAAACAAGGAUUUUUAGCAAAUGAUUAUGUAGAUACAUUGUUAUUUUUAGAAGAGAUUGAAUUAAAAGAUAGUAUGGAAAAAUCAAUAUUUUUAAAAAAUCUCGCUACACAAGUAACAAGUUUUCCAGAUGAUGUAUGCCGUCAUAAAAUACUACCUCAUUUAGUGAAUGGUUUACGUUAUGGAUCAGCUGGUAUUGAAGCUCUUCUGCCUGUACUACGUCUUAUUCCUUUAUUAUCAGAGAAUGAUUUUCAAACUUAUGUUCUUCCAUGUCUUAUAAAAUUAUUCUCAUCACCUGAACGUGCAACACGUGUACGCCUUUUGGAACAUUUACCGGAUUUUGUACAACAUUUACAAACAAAAUGUAUAGAAACACAAAUUUUCGGUCCAGUCUCCGCUGGUUUCACCGAUACACAUCCAGUUGUACGUGAAGCCACUGUACGUGCAAUGAUUCAUUUAGCACCGAAACUUUCAACAAAACUACUCAAUGAGAAUUUAUUAAAACAUAUAACAACAUUACAAGCACGAGAUACACAAGGUGGAAUUCGUACUAAUGCAACUGUAUGUUUAGCAAAAUUAGCAUCAUAUUUUUCAAAACAAGUACAACAAGGUCCAAUGUUGGGUGCUUUUCUUCGUGCAACUCGUGAUCCAUUCUUGCCUAAUCGUCAAGCAGCUAUAACUGCUUUAGCUGCUACACAAGUAGAUCCUGAAAUCAUAUAA